AUGACCCCUUCCACAUGUGUUGCAACUGUUGCACCAACCAUGGACUAUUCGGUUCCUAGACGUAGCUCGUUUAAGCUGCUCUAUAUGGAAAAUAUACCCAGAGAAGCUUUGCUUACUGAAACAUUAAAGCUUCCUAAAGAACGUUCAAGUAAACCACUUUAUUUGGACUCGCCAAUUAAGAAGUCAUUCCCAGAAACUGACCAAUCCAAAGUUACUAUUGACCCAUUACAUGAUAUCCUUUCCACUAGCAAAAGGAUGAUUGAACAGUACAUUGUACAAUUACCAUUUGCCAACGAAUCAAAAUCUAUUUCAUCAUCUACGCGUCCAAAGACUCCUAGAAAGACAAUGUCAAAUAAUCUUAUUGAAACUCCAUCAAGAGGCCAGAAACGUACUCGUCCUUCAGAAAAGGAACAAGAUUUACGAAACACGUCUAAUGCAAUGGCGUUUGAAUCCCCAAUACCCAAUAAAACAAUCUUCUUUUCUCCACAUCAUCAAGGCUCAACGAAACAGGUUUCUAGAAAGUCUUCCCAAUUAUUCCAAUCAACCCCUGCAUUCAAAGACUUCGGUAUACUGAAAAAGCAAAGUCCUCUGAAAUUAUUAAAAUCUGACUUGGCUUCCACGUUAGAAUUCAGUCAACUUGUAAUUCCUUCUUCUGAACCAUUAGCAUCAACCCCUAUGAAAGAAUAUGCACCAUUUUCAUACACUCCAAUGGAUAAGAAUGACAAUCAAGAAGAAGAGAAUUAUGACGAGUUAGCAUGCCAUGCCGACAACAUUCUUCGUAUGGCUGUAGAUUCCACCAUGUUGGGUUCUUCAUAUAAUGCCAGUCUUUCCUCUAAUUAUUCAGUAGGUCCAAAUGAUUCAAUGAAUGGAAUUUUAUCAAGAAAGAAGAAUAUGGAAGUGUUUGACGAUAAUGAUCCAGAAAGAAGUUUACUUGAAAUUAAAAAAGCCAAGUGGGGUCAACUUAGUAGAGAAAAGGCAACCAAGAUUGAGAUUAAUGCCGAAGAUUUACAAAAUAUUCUUGGGGAUUAG